CAUUAGAAUGAGUAACAAUAUCAACGCCAACAAUCUCAACACAGACUCGUCCUCCUCCCCCGUCAAUGUGCCCAAGAUGGAUGCGCUCAUCAUCCCGGUGACCAUGGAGGUGCCCUGCGAUAGCCGCGGACAGCGCAUGUGGUGGGCUUUCCUCGCCUCAUCCAUGGUCACUUUCUUUGGGGGACUGUUUAUCAUCCUGCUGUGGAGGACCCUCAAGUACCUGUGGACUGUCUGCUGCCACUGCGGGGUCAAAAACAAGGAGGCCCAGAAGAUCAAUGGUGGUGGAGAUACGCAGGCAGAUGGGGCCUGCAAAACAACAGAUGAAAAAGAGGAGAAUGUGGCAGCAGAAGUGGGAUGGAUGACCUCUGUGAAGGACUGGGCAGGAGUCAUGAUAUCUGCCCAGACAUUAACUGGCAGAGUACUUGUUGUCUUAGUCUUCGCUCUUAGUAUUGGUGCUCUUGUAAUAUACUUCAUUGAUUCAUCAAACCCAAUAGAAUCCUGCCAGAAUUUCUACAAAGAUUUCACGUUACAGAUUGACAUGGCUUUCAAUGUCUUCUUCCUACUCUACUUUGGACUGCGUUUCAUAGCAGCCAAUGACAAGCUAUGGUUUUGGCUUGAAGUUAACUCAGUAGUAGAUUUCUUCACAGUCCCACCAGUGUUUGUGUCAGUGUAUUUAAACAGAAGUUGGCUUGGUUUAAGAUUUUUAAGAGCCCUUAGACUGAUACAGUUUUCAGAAAUUUUGCAGUUUCUGAAUAUCCUUAAAACAAGUAAUUCCAUCAAGCUAGUGAAUCUGUGCUCUAUAUUUAUCAGCACGUGGCUGACAGCAGCUGGGUUCAUACAUUUGGUGGAGAACUCAGGGGAUCCAUGGGAAAAUUUCCAAAAUAAUCAACCGCUAACAUAUUGGGAAUGUGUUUAUUUACUGAUGGUUACAAUGUCUACUGUUGGCUAUGGAGACGUUUAUGCAAAAACAACACUUGGUCGCCUUUUCAUGGUCUUCUUCAUCCUUGGGGGAUUGGCCAUGUUUGCCAGCUACGUCCCUGAAAUCAUAGAGUUAAUAGGAAACCGCAAGAAAUAUGGUGGUUCCUAUAGUGCGGUUAGUGGAAGAAAGCACAUAGUUGUCUGUGGUCACAUAACACUUGAAAGUGUGUCCAACUUCCUAAAGGACUUCCUGCACAAGGAUAGGGAUGAUGUCAACGUAGAAAUCGUCUUUCUGCAUAAUAUCUCCCCUAACCUUGAGCUGGAAGCUCUUUUUAAACGACACUUCACUCAGGUGGAAUUUUAUCAGGGUUCAGUUCUUAAUCCCCAUGACCUGGCAAGAGUGAAGAUAGAGUCAGCAGAUGCGUGCCUAAUCCUUGCCAAUAAAUACUGCGCUGACCCAGAUGCUGAAGAUGCCUCCAAUAUUAUGAGAGUUAUUUCAAUAAAGAAUUACCACCCGAAGAUAAGAAUUAUCACUCAGAUGUUGCAGUAUCACAAUAAGGCACAUCUGCUAAAUAUCCCAAGCUGGAACUGGAAAGAAGGGGAUGAUGCAAUCUGUCUUGCAGAGCUCAAGCUGGGAUUCAUAGCCCAGAGCUGCCUGGCACCAGGCCUUUCAACAAUGUUAGCCAACCUCUUCUCUAUGAGGUCAUUCAUAAAGAUUGAGGAGGAUACAUGGCAGAAAUAUUAUCUCGAAGGAGUUGCAAAUGAAAUGUAUACAGAAUAUCUGUCUAGUGCCUUUGUGGGUUUGUCCUUCCCUGCAGUUUGUGAACUGGUGUUUGCGAAACUAAAGCUCUUAAUGAUAGCCAUAGAAUACAAGUCGGAGAAACGAGAAAGCAGUAUAUUAAUCAAUCCUGGAAACCAUGUCAAGAUUCAAGAAGGUACGUUAGGAUUCUUCAUUGCAAGUGAUGCCAAAGAAGUAAAAAGGGCAUUUUUUUACUGCAAGGCCUGUCAUGAUGACAUCACAGAUCCCAAAAGGAUAAAAAAAUGUGGCUGCAAACGGCCCAAGAUGUCCAUCUACAAGAGAAUGAAACUGGCAUGUUGUUUUGAUUGCGGACGCUCUGAGCGUGACUGCUCUUGCAUGUCAGGCAGUGUACAUAGUAACAUGGACACCCUUGAGAGAGCCUUCCCACUUUCUUCUGUCUCUGUUAAUGAUUGCUCCACCAGUUUACGUGCCUUUGAAGAUGAGCAGCCGUCAACACUAUCACCCAAAAAAAAGCAGCGAAAUGGAGGCAUGCGAAAUUCACCCAACUCCUCACCCAAACUGAUGAGGCAUGACCCCUUGUUAAUUCCUGGCAACGAGCAGAUUGACAAUAUGGAUGCCAAUGUGAAAAAAUAUGACUCUACAGGGAUGUUUCAUUGGUGUCCAGCCAAGGACAUUGAAAAGGUCAUUUUGACUCGAAGUGAAGCAGCAAUGACAGUUUUAAGUGGGCAUGUAGUCGUUUGCAUAUUUGGGGAUGUUAAAUCUGCUUUGAUUGGAUUAAGAAAUUUAGUGAUGCCAUUACGAGCCAGCAACUUUCACUACCAUGAACUCAAGCAUAUUGUAUUUGUGGGUUCGCUUGAAUACCUGAGAAGAGAAUGGGAGACACUGCAUAACUUCCCCAAGGUUUCAAUCUUGCCUGGUACACCAUUAAGUCGGGCUGAUUUAAGGGCUGUCAACAUCAACCUCUGCGACAUGUGCGUUAUCCUGUCAGCCAAUCAGAAUAAUAUUGAUGAUGCUUCGCUGCAGGACAAGGAAUGCAUCUUGGCGUCACUCAACAUCAAAUCUAUGCAGUUUGAUGACAGCAUUGGGGUCUUGCAGGCUAAUUCCCAAGGCUUUACACCCCCUGGGAUGGAUAGAUCAUCUCCAGACAACAGUCCAGUCCAUGGCCUGUUACGUCAACCCUCCAUCACAACAGGAGCCAACAUCCCUAUUAUAACAGAAUUAGUAAAUGAUUCAAAUGUUCAGUUCUUGGACCAAGAUGAUGAUGACGAUCCAGACACAGAACUGUAUCUCACGCAGCCCUUUGCAUGUGGAACUGCAUUUGCUGUCAGUGUGCUGGACUCUCUCAUGAGCGCAACAUACUUCAAUGACAAUAUCCUCACGCUGAUACGGACAUUGGUAACAGGAGGAGCCACACCAGAGCUGGAAGCACUGAUUGCUGAGGAAAACGCAUUGAGAGGAGGUUACAGCACGCCCCAGACACUUGCAAACAGGGACAGGUGUCGAGUUGCUCAGUUGGCUUUGUAUGAUGGGCCGUUUGCAGACCUAGGGGAUGGAGGUUGUUAUGGAGAUCUAUUUUGUAAAGCACUGAAAACAUACAAUAUGCUUUGCUUUGGAAUUUAUCGAUUAAGGGAUGCACAUCUAAGUACUCCCAGCCAAUGCACUAAACGUUACGUGAUCACAAACCCACCAUAUGAAUUUGAGCUUGUGCCGACAGACUUAAUCUUCUGUUUGAUGCAAUUUGACCACAAUGCUGGCCAGUCCCGGGCCAGUCUUUCUCAUUCCUCCCAUUCCUCCUAUUCCUCCAGCAAGAAGAGCUCAUCAGCUCACUCCAUCCCAUCAACAGCAAACCGACCGAACCGCACCAAGACCAGGGAUUCCCGGGAAAAACAGAAUGCAACAAGGAUGAAUAGAAUGGGCCAAGAAAAGAAAUGGUUUACAGAUGAACCGGAUAAUGCCUAUCCCAGAAACAUUCAAAUCAAGCCCAUGAGCACUCACAUGGCCAAUCAGAUCAAUCAAUAUAAAUCGACAAGCAGCUUGAUACCACCAAUCAGAGAAGUUGAAGAUGAAUGUUGACUCCUUCAAGGCCAGAACUAUUUUUUUAAAGCCUGACAAACUUCAUGAAUGGUGAUGUGACAUGUAUUCCUCUUACAUGCUAAACCACUGAUGGAGAAGUUAAGACGGGCAAGCUUAAUGGGAAAAUAAAGUAGACAGAUCUUUGUUUGUCUGCCUUUAAUACUGCUUCCACAUACUUUGGAAACAAUUUCAUUUAUAAAUGAACAUAAUCAAACCUAGUCAUGUAUAGCCUCUAGCAUUUUAAAUUAUUUUUAUUUAUUAGAAAAAAAUAUAUUUUUUUUUUCCAUUGUCAAGUAUUUUCCCUUAAAAAAGAAAAAAAAAUGGCCAGACUCCUAACAAUCAAAAACAAAAACCACAACAAACCUCAGUCUUUGGCUUAAAGGAGAAUGAUGGUCAUAGUUAUAAGGAUAUAUAAUUAAGGGAGACAAAUUAUAUAUUAAAAAAAAAAAAGAAAAAAGGUCCAACUUGUAUUCUAGUGAAUGAAAAUAAAACAACAAAACAAAAACAACAACAAACAAACCGUUCACCAAAAUGUUUCUUUCCUGGAGGAUGUGUAUUUUGUUCAGCAUCGACACCAGCUCUUAAUAAACUGAAUUUAUUUUCAAAGUUGAAAGUCAUAUUUUUGUACAUGUAACAUUCUUCUGAAAUAUUCUUUGUUUUAUUAUCAUAUACAGAUCAUGCUAAUUGUCAUUUAUGUUAA